AAAAGAAAAGAAGAGAGAGGGACAGAAAAAGUCUUCCUAAUACCAGUUUUGAUUAUUCUUCCUCCUCAGGCCACAUUGUGUUUUACAAAUACCAGAGCACCUUCUGUUGCUCUUAAAUUUCAUCAAGUUCUUUCUUGUAUGCAUGCUUUGGAAACCAAACCACACAUACGCCAAAACAUUCACACGCCAUUAACACACUACACCAUGAUAUGGCGGCUAUGAUUCCUGCUUGUUGAAGCUACUGGGUUUCCGAGUUCUGAUUCAAUUGGGAGUAUUUUGGGUUGAUGGGUCCUGCUAGGGGGUUGAAAAAGAGAAGGAAGGUAGAGAAGAACCGUGCAGAAAAUGGUUCUGGUUCUGGUUCUGGUUCCGGUUCCUCUGAGAAGGAAGCGUCUGUUGAUUGGUGGGAUGAGUUCUCCAAGAGGAUUACUGGUCGUCAUUCUCCACAAAAGGGUCUGGAUAAUUUCCAGUCUAUUUUUAAGAUGUCCAGAAGAACCUUCAACUAUAUAUGUUCACUUGUGAAGGAUCAUAUGAUGGCUAAAUCAAGGAAUUUUACAUUUACGAAUGGGAAACCUGUGUCAUUUCAUGAACAAGUAGCUGUGGCCUUAAGAAGGCUAGGCUCUGGGGAUUCACUGCUCACAAUUGGUGAUUUAUUUGGGCUGCAUCACUGUACUGUCUCCCAAAUGACAUGGCGCUUUGUGGAGGCCAUGGAAGACAGGGCGCUUCAUCACCUCCAAUGGGCUUCAAAUGAAACAGAAAUGACAGAAAUAAAGUCCACGUUUGAGAAGAUGCAAGGCCUUCCUAAUUGCUGCGGAGUCAUUGAUACCACUCACAUCACUAUGUGUUUGCCUUCAUCAGAUCCUGAAAGUAAGGUGUGGCUUGACCAUCAGAAGAAUUACAGCAUGGUAUUGCAGGCAAUAGUGGACACUAAGAUGAGGUUCCGAGACAUAAUCACUGGAUGGCCAGGUAAAAUGGAAGAUUGGUUAGUUUUCCAGAGUUCAAAUUUCUAUAAACUGUGUGAUAAAGGAGAAAGGUUGAAUGGAAAAACUUUAGUGUUCUCUGAAGGAUUGGAAAUACAGGAGUAUAUAAUUGGGGAUUCAGGCUAUCCUUUGUUGCCAUAUCUGCUUGUGCCUUAUGAGGGGAAGGAACUACCAGAAUCAAAAGCUGAAUUCAACAAACGGCUUUCUGCAACUAGGUUGGUGGCACGAAGGGCAUUUGCAAGGUUGAAGGAAAUGUGGAGGAUCAUCCAUGGAGAAAUGUGCAGACCUGACAAACAUAAGUUGCCAAGGAUCAUUCUUGUUUGCUGCUUGCUUCACAACAUUGUUAUUGAUCUGGAAGACGAGUUCCAGGAUGAAUUUACUUUGUCUUACGGUCAUGAUGAGGAUCACAAGCAACGUAUCUGUUGGUCCAUGGACGUAAAGGGUGUAGUCCUGAGAGAUAAGCUAUCCCUACACCUGUCAGGAAAAUUGUCACCCUGAUUGCUCUACAUUUUCCAAUGCCUUGGUUGUAGUUUCCUUACAUACAGGAGUUUUAAGCAGGACUUUUAAUUUAGGUUUUCUUUUGUUAUAUCUUGAAAUUGUAAAUACUUCUAUGACCAUUGCAUUUUUUUGUGUUAG